AAAAACUAAUGCAAAACACACAACUCCCAAUUUCGCCCUACAGCCAUGGCUAUCUUCAACUUCCAAAUCCUGCUAUAUUCUCUGUCCCUAUCCUUCUGCAUUCUAUUUCCUCAAACAACUUCACUCACAUUCAACCUGACAAACUUAGGCAAUCAAGAUCAAAAGGCCAACAUAAAAACGUUCGGAGCAGCCUAUAUCUCACCCGGAGGCCUCCAAGUCACCUCCAACGAACGCAGCGCCAAUCUGCAGCAACAAGUUGGUAAAGCCACUUACAUCGACCGUCUUCACCUCUGGGAUAAUUCCACUGGAAAAUUAGCAGAUUUCUCCACCCAUUUCGUUUUCGUGAUUGAUUCGGAAGGGCGUCCCAAUUUCGCCGAUGGUCUCGCCUUCUUUCUCGCUCCAGAUGGGUCGAAAAUCACAGCUGGUGGUGCAAUAGGCCUCCCAAUUGACCCAAUUACGAUAGUACCCACCAGCCCCUUUGUUGCUGUGGAGUUUGACACGUUCCAGAACGGUUGGGACCCGGUCAAUGUCGGCCGGGCUCGUCAUGUAGGUAUCGAUGUCAAUUCUCUUACAUCAAGUGUUACUGCUGUUUGGUCUUGUGCUCAUGGGAGAGAGAAUGAGGCUUGGAUUAGGUAUGAUUCAAGCUCAUACAAAUUGAGUGUAUUUUUUACUGGUUAUAAUGGAUAUAAUUCCAGAAUGGAAGGUUCCAUUGAUUUCAUUGUUGAUCUGAGGAAUUACUUACCUGAAUGGGUAACAAUUGGGUUCUCAGCUUCAACAGGAUCCUAUUUUGAGCAGAAUACUGUAAAAUCAUGGGAAUUUAGUUCAAGUUUGGAAAUUGAUGAGACAAAGAUAAUAGAGUUAGAGCUGAAGAAUAAGUAAACUUGAGUUGCUUUCCUAGCAGCUCAUGAAAACCACAUGGUUUACUGUUUGAGAUCAGGUGUGAGAUUUGCUCAAUAAAUGUAAGUUUGUCGCAUCUUUGUUUUUCUCUCUCUUGUUUAGCCUAUAAAUAGGCUUGUAAUAUAAAUAUGUAAGUAGCAAAUAAGAGUGAUCAAAGUGUGUGAGAUCAGAGUGUAAGAGAAACCAAGUUUCUCAGUGAAAUAUGUAAUUGAGGGUUUGUGAAAUACAAAGUUUGCAUCGGUGGUAUUAGAACACUA